AUGGACGGAGCUCAAUUGAGCUGUCAAAUAAGAGUUGAUCGUGGUAAUACAAGCCGAAUAUUCCAGGUCGAUGCAUAUCCAACGAAACACACAAGAGAAAUCACGAAUAAUCAAAAGGAUGGGAUAAGUCCAGGUGUAAAUGCAGUCAGACAGUGUCGAUGGUUUACAGUUGGUGUAAUUCAGUUUUAUAUGAAUCCGGAAACACGCUUGAUUUACAAAACUCCAAAGGAGUCUGCGCAACUCGAAAUCACACUGAAACACUGUUUUGAUGAAAUUAUCAAGGAAGAAUUGGCGAAACGUGCUAAAGAAUUGUAUGGAUUGGAUUUUACGUCUGCUAAUUUUGAAAUUUGUCCAUUUAAAAAAUUUAUUGCACAACUAAACAUAACUUUGGAUGGUACUAGAAAAACAUAUUUUGGUACAUUGUUAAAUCCUCGUCAAUUAUCUCCAAUACGAAUCAUCUUUUCUAUCGAUGAUAGCGAAGCAUUGUCGAAAAUAGCUUUAAAAUUGAAGGAGCCAAGUAAACAUCAUAUUGUAUUGGAUUAUGAAUAUAGUUUAAGUGGUAUUACAACAGUGAACGCAUCUUUGAAAAUCGAUGCUGAACAAGUGAAAAAUAUUGAUCUAGAGACACAAGUAUUUGGUCAGAGUGCAGUUGAAAAAAUGCUGGUAAGCCGUUCGUAUUUGGAGAAAGUGGCGAUGAAAGUUGCCACUCGAUUAACUGUUGUUGAAACUAUUGGUGUUGGCGGAUCAUCUUUUGGACCCGAUUUAAUCAAACAAGAAAUUACAAAUGCUAUUGCUACAAAUGGAUUCCAAAAAUAUAGUAUUGAAGAUAUACAGAAAAUGGCAGAUAGUGGGAUGUUAAUUGCCGAAGAUUUAAAAGCUGAUAAGAUUACAUCAAUGACAAAUAAAAAGGAGCAACAAUCAAAAACAAAUUAUGAGAAUACGAACGCAUCGUCAAUGGCUCGGUCAUCGGAACAUUCAAAUCAGAAGUCUAUUACAAAAGAUGAGAAAGAUCGUGUCUCAAAUAAAUCGUCACGAAAAAUAGACGGAAAAUUAAAUAUCAUUAAAGUAUCUGUAGAAGGCAGUUAUGAUACGUCAUCAGAACACAGUUCAGACCGCGAGCGCUUGAAUAGUUCCUCAAAACAGCAUCAAGAUAAAACAUCUUAUGAAUCAUCAAAACAGAACGCAAAUUCCGGUGGCAAUGAAGCAUCUAAUGCAACCGAGCAUCAAUUUCAAGGCGAAAUCAGACAAGUGAAAAAUAUUGAAGCAGCAAUUAUUCACCGAUAUGAAUUACAAAGUGGUUUUACGAUUUCAAUGGCACGAUGGCACCAACACUUGUCUGAAAAAUGCGAAAAGGGCACCUUAACAACAGAAGAUGACAUCGAAACACAGGAAGAUACAGAAAGAAAACAAACCCAGGAACGCUAA